AUGUCAUCAACUCUUCAUGAAGUACCACUCUUAGAUUUCGGAUCAUCACCAACAUCUCCAACAACAACAACAUCAAUUCUUUCCACCAAACAAAGCCUUUCCAAAAAGAAGGAAAUUCAAAGCAAAGUUUUACAAAUUGAUCAAAUUAAAAAGGAAUUACUUGAAAAGAGAUAUAAUACUAGAGUUAUUAUUGAUGAUUCUUAUAAAAUUGAAAUUAAGAAAUUGAUCGGACAAUUACAUGUUUUGGAAAGUGAAUUAUCCAAAUUAAGAAUACAAGAAUAUAAUGAAUAUAUUAAUGGUUUAAAAUUAAAUGAAUUAUCCAAUAAUAAUAAUACUAAUAAUACUAAUAACAGUAAUAAUCAAUUAAAAUUAAAUAAUCAUUUAGCAAUUGCUAAAAUAGAUGAAUUAACCUAUAAAACAUUUAAAUAUGAAAAGAAACAAGCAAUUAAGAGAUGGAACAAGGCUUUGAAUGUAAUUAGUGCUGCAAAUCAAUUUUCACGCGCCUAUGAAAAUGCAAGAAUUAAAAAAGCAGAGGAAAUUUUACAAAAUCCAAUAACAUCUCAAAUGAAAAAUGAAAUAUUGGAAUUGAGAAAGACACUUGUUAUUUUAAAUAACAAGAAACAAUUAACAGAAGAACAAGAAGAAUUAAAGGCCAAAGUUGUGGAAGAAUUGAAAGAAUUAGAUAAGAAAUAUCAUGAACAAUUUACUGUUUAA